UGUCUCCCAAUUCCAAUAGCAUGAAAGGAGGUGCUUAGUCUUUCUCUCUCCCAAAAGCCUUUUAAGUAUUCUGUUCGUCCCUCUGUGUUUCUGUGUGUUUCAGCCUCUGCAGAUUGAGUUGAUUUUCCAUAGAAACUCCAUAGCCAUGGACAAUGACUUAAAAGAGAAGCUGAUUGGUUCAGAAAAGGAAGAGUUGGGUGAGUUCAAAGGAAGCAUUUCUGAAGAAUCAAAGAAAAUAUGGAGGAUUGCAUUGCCUGGUAUUAUUUCAAGAGUGGCUUCAUUUGGAACAGUAGUUGUUACUCAGUCAUUCAUUGGACACAUAAGUGCAGUUGAUCUUGCUGGCUAUGCACUCGUUCAAACCUUAAGCGUUCGAUUCGUAAAUGGAAUACUGCUAGGAAUGUCAAGUGCAACGGAAACUCUAUGCGGGCAAGCAUUUGGAGCGAAACAGUACCAUAUGAUGGGCAUUUUCUUGCAAAGAUCAUGGCUAGUGGAUCUCAUCACACUAACAAUCUUACUACCUGUUUUUAUCUUAGCAACACCAAUAUUUAAACUACUUGGCGAGGAAGAAGCUAUUGCGAAAUCUGCUGGAUAUAUUUCUCUGUGGUUCAUCCCAUUUGUUUAUAGUCUCUUUUUUUCCUUAACGAUCCAAAUGUAUCUACAAGCACAACAAAAGAACCUGAUAAUUGCAUGGCUAUCCACUUUGCAAUUUGUAAUGCACAUUCCCUUGUCUUGGCUUUUUGUCUAUAAAUUGAAUUGGGGGGUUUCUGGCGCCAUGGGAGCACUCUGCAUAUCUUCGUGGUCUCUUGUCGUUGGAGAAUUUGUAUACAUUUUUGGCGGUUGGUGCCCCGAGACAUGGAAGGGAUUCACUACAGCUGCAUUAAAGGAUGUGUUUCCAGUUGUGAAACUUUCAAUAUCUUCUGGUGUUAUGGUUUGCUUAGAGUUAUGGUACUCUGCCAUUCUGGUAUUACUAGCAGGAUACAUGCAAAAUGCAAAGGUUUAUAUAUCUGCCUUUUCUAUUUGCCUUAAUAUUACUGCAUGGGAAUUAAUGAUUAGCUUUGGCAUGAUGGGUGCUGCAUGCGUUCGUGUUGCAAAUGAACUCGGGAGAGGAGAUGCGAAGGCUGUAAAAUUUUCAAUUAAAGUCUUAACGAGUACUUCAGUAUUGAUAGGGCUAUUCUUUUGGAUUCUUUGCUUAGUAUUUGGCAAUAAAAUCGGGUAUUUGUUCACGAAUGACGAAGAGGUUGCAAGUAGUGUUACUGAUCUUUCUAUACUACUUGCUUUCUCAGUGUUGCUAAAUAGCAUCUUUCCGAUAUUCUCAGGGGUGGCAAUUGGAGCAGGUUUACAAACAACAGUUGCAAUUAUUAAUGUUGUUUGCUUCUAUAUUAUUGGAAUACCAAUUGGAGCUUUACUUGGAUAUCUGACUCAUCUUCAAGUUAAGGGCAUAUGGAUUGGGAUGUUGUGUGGGGUGCUCGCCGAGACAUUUGCAUUAAGCUUCAUGACAUGGAGAACAAAUUGGGAUCAACAGGUAUUUAAAUCUUCAUCGCGCCUCCAAAAGUGGUACUUAAAGUCUUCUGAUGAGAUUGAUCUGAAGUCUGAACUUGCUUGAAGAACAACUAUCAUUGAUUUUUACAAAAAUUUUGUGCCAAAUCUCAUUCUUUUUAUGUUUAAUUGUUAAGAACAUUUGCAUUGCUCGUGCCUUAUGACAGUAUUAUUUUUUAUGUGGAACAUCAUAGCGUCCUUGUCGAACAAAAAUUAAACAGUCUUUCGAUCGUGUAAUUCUUGCAUCUAUAUAGUUUGAAUUUUGUUUCACCUUUCAUCAA